AUGGCUGUGUUUCAGGUUUUGUACUGUUUAAGAGAAGGACCCCACCGUGUACCCUUGCAAAGCAUCUCCAUCGCUGUGGUGGUCAAUGGCUUUGUGGCCGAUGUUGUAUCUGAGCUUCAUUACAAGAACGAAGAGAAGAUCCCUGUGGAGGUUGAAUUUGUCUUUCCCCUGGAUGCUGAUGCCACUGUCUAUGCCUUUGAGGGCUUGUUGGGUGAGACACGAAUUGAGGCCCAGAUCAUGGAGAAGAACCAGGCACGAGCAUUAUAUGAAAACCAGUUGUCCUUGGUCGAAGAAAUUGUUCUGUUUCACAGGGACCCAAAAGCCAGGGACAUUUUCAGAUGCAUGCUGGGUAACCUUCCACCAGAUGGUGAGGCCAUGCUGAAGCUGUGCUAUGUCCAGACAUUGGCUGCAGAGCCUGAUGGGGUCAUCCGCUUUGUCCUGCCAGUUGUACUGAAUCUUCGCUAUGUACCUCAGGGUCACAUCUUAUGUCAGAUUUCCUUAGCUGAAGGGCACCACUUUGACAGAGAUGUGGAGCUGCUGAUAUAUUACAAGGAGGAGGUUCACAGGCCCAGUCUCCUGCUAGAGGCUGGAAAGCCUGGGGCAGAUCCAGGUUCACUGAUGGGAGACCCAAUGCUUCUGCUCACCCUGUAUCCAAGACCUCCUGCCUCAAAGCCAGGUCUGAAUGCGACAGGCGAAUUUCUAUUCUUGAUGGAUUGCUCCGGCAGCAUGAAUUACAACACCACAGGGAGCUCUCAAGCCAUACCCCGCAUUCAGAGUGCCAAGGAGACUUUGAUUUUCCUAUUGAAGAGUCUCCCUCUGGGAUGUUACUUCAACAUCUAUGCAUUUGGAUCCUCCUACUACUCAUUCUACCGGAAGAGUGUAAAAUACACCCAGCAGACCAUGUUGGAGUCCCUGAGGGGUGUGUUGGACCUCAAGGCUAACUUGGGAGGCACUGAGAUUCUGCAAGCACUGAAGGCUAUUUACAGGCAGCCAUGCUGGGAAGGAUAUGAUCGUCAGGUUUUUAUAUUCACAGAUGGAGAGGUAUCAAACAUAAAUGAGGUCACUGCUGAAGUUCAAAGCCACAGUAAAUCCCACAGAUGUUUCGCCUUUGGGAUUGGUCAAGGGUCAUCCACCUACCUCAUAAAAGGCAUUGCCCAAGCAGGUCAUGGCACUGCUGAAUUCAUCACAAGCAAGGAGCAAAUGCAGGCCAAGAUCAUUUGUGUUCCACAGGCACUGCGAUCUCUGAAGAAUGCCCUGCAGCCAUUAAUGAUGGACAUUAAACUAGAGUGGGAUUUGCCUCCUGGCCUCAAGGCUGUGCUUGUGGGAUCAAGCCCUCAGGUCAUCCUCGCAGGGGAAUGCUGCCUCAUCUAUGCUCAGAUCUAUGGAGAGCAACAGGCCUCUGACCUCUUGGUGGGAAGUUUUGUGCUCCGGUAUAGUAUGCAAGGCCAAACGUUCACAGAAGUUAUGACAUUUCCACUUGAGGCAGAGGAGAAUGACAGGUUUCUUGUUCACCGGCUGGCAGCUCAGGCCCUUUUGCAGGAAUUGGAGGAAACAAAAUCAAAGGCAAAUCAGCAUCUGGUGCUGGAGACCAGCCUGAGCUCUGGGGUGCUGUCUGCUCAAACGGCCUAUGUGGUGGCGAACACGGAACGGGGAGAGCCACUUCAAGCCCCUGUAGAGUUCCGAUUGACUCCAGUUGUUCUCCAGAUUGACCAUAGCUGGAAGAAGGCAGAUGCAUGCUGUUUUGAAUAUGGAGGCGAGCACAAUCCUUCCAUGUGUGAGAAUAUGUUGCUAAAAGUGGCUGAAUUUUCCUCAAAGCUCUAUUUUUCAGCAUCCACCCUCUUUGCCAGCAGUAUCAGAGGUUGGAGAAGUUAUACCAGUACUGCAGACUUCCUUAAUGCUCAGGAUGCAAUGUUUGAUCACUCCAAUCUCCCGACAAAUGAGUCACUUCUCUUGAGGUUAGUCUCACUGCAGAAUGCUGAUGGCUCCUGGCCCGUUGAUGCCAAUCUGCUCAGCAUACUCGGUCUGAGUGAAGCAGAGAUGUUGGGGAAAAUGCCUGCUCGGGUAGCCCCAACUGCAUGGGCAACAGUUCUUGUCAUUCUCUGGCUCCAUGUCUAUGCUGCUGAACAGAGUGACAUCUGGCAGCUAUUAGAGGCAAAAGCCAUGGGCUGGCUCCAUGACACCACAGGACCUAAACUAGCUGAAUGUGUGAAGGCUGGUAAUGCCUUCUUGGGAAGCGACAUCAGUGCUGAGGUUUUUGGGCUCUGA